AAAAGGCGAAAUGAGGAAGGUUCCCGUGCCGGCCAACAGGUACACUCCGUUGAAAGAGAACUGGAUGAAAAUAUUCACGCCUAUCGUGGAGCACUUGCAGCUUCAAAUCAGGUUUAAUUUGAAAACAAGAAACGUUGAGAUCAAGACUUGUCAAGAGACAAAGGAUCUCGGUGCUCUAACAAAGGCAGCUGAUUUUGUGAAAGCAUUUAUACUUGGGUUCCAAGUAGAGGAUGCUCUUGCUCUCAUCAGAUUAGAUGAUCUUUUUCUAGAAUCGUUUGAAGUUACAGAUGUCAAACCUUUGAAAGGAGAUCAUCUGUCAAGAGCAAUAGGGAGAAUAGCAGGGAAAGGCGGAAAAACAAAAUUCACUAUAGAAAACGUAACCAGGACACGAAUAGUUCUUGCGGACGCGAAAAUUCAUAUCCUGGGAUCUUUUCAGAACAUUAAAAUGGCACGAACAGCAAUUUGCAAUCUAAUUUUAGGAAGUCCUCCAUCAAAAGUUUAUGGCAAUAUUCGGGCAGUGGCCAGCAGAGCAGCUGAAAGAUUCUGAGCUGCAGCACGGCUGCACCACCAAGGACUGGGGCUGGGAGUCAGGGUUUCUGUAUGCAUGAGAGGCCUGGAGCGACAGAAGUACUCGGUCUUCCGCUUGAUUUGGAAGCCCAGAAGAAAACCAGGACUGUUUGUGCAGUCUAAUUUCAUUCAGACACGCUGUCUGAUUUGAAUACACUUAAUAUUUCUGUAUAGUCAUUAAAAGUUAUUUUAAAUUGGUUGUGUCU